AUGGUAAUGACCGAAGGUGUAUCAGCCACACUGACAUGCACAGCAGAUAAAGGUUACCCCAACGACUGGAAGCUAACUUGGUCAAAUGGAACUACGGAUAUUGAUGGUACAACUACAGUUCCUGAGGAUUCCUCUUCCAGCAUCUAUCGCUUCAUGUUUAGCAGUAUCUUAAACCUAACGCCCGCAAGAGAUGACAAUGAUCCCCCAGUAUUUUCUCGACUGAUACAGUUUCCAGUUAACCCAGUUCUGGAAGGCAGUGACGUAAUCCUUAACUGUACUGUUGAUGCCAACCCAAGACCCAGAAAUCUCAUAUGGGAGAAGCAAGACUCAAAGAAAAUACUGAACACAGUUUACACUGAUGAAACCAGUACACUUACACUACUUAACAUCAAGAGGGGGCAGUCUGGGAACUACACUUGUAGAGCAAACAACGGACUGCCUGCUGAUGAUACUUUGAAUGAUGCUGUAUCGGAUCCAGUCACUGUUAUAGUGCAUUAUGAAGUCAAUAUCACCAAUAAGGUGAUGGAUGAAGUGGGAAUCAAAGAUAGUGCUGAUGCUGUCCUAGUCUGCGUAGCGAUAGGCAAUCCUAAGCCGGUUAUGGUGUGGUAUGGUCUGAAUAAUACAGUCUUAACUGGUGACACAGAAGCAAAGUUCACAGUAACCAGUGCGACUACUGGAGGAGACAGAGUCUUUGGAUAUGAAGUCACCAGCAACUUGACCAUCAAAGAAGUCAAUUCCCAGAUAGACUAUGGGUUGUACACCUGCAACAGCUCAAAUGGAAUAGGGAAAGAAGACUCACUGGAAAUUGCUCUCACUGGAACAAGACGACCAGACAAGCCCGGAAGAGUUGAGAUUACAGAGCGGACGGCAGAAUCUCUGACUGUAACAUGGACAGNUGGGAAGACGACAUACACAGUGACGGGUCUGGAGGACUACACAGAGUAUGAGAUCAGGGUGUAUGCCAAGAAUGCCAUCGGUGAAAAUACUGACUAUGCCAAAGUAGUGGGACAUACAUUGCCAAAUCCUCCAGGCCCAGACACAGGAAUCACUGUGGAGUACAACACCGAUGCUGGGACUUUGAAAGUAACAGAGCUGAAAGUAGAGAAUGGUUGCAUCCAGCUGGAAGUCAAGUAUGAAGGCAAUGACACCUGGCAGGAAUGUGGAAAGUGUAUCCAUGCUGAUCAGACAUUGAGACUCUCUGAAUGGUGUGCAGCAUCACAAAAGAGAAGACGACGAGCUAUAGGUGACAUUGAAGAUGUCCGCGCUAAACUCUGCAUUGAUGGUUUGUGUAGUGAAGCAGCACCUGUUAAAGAAGUAAUCACAACCACUACACCCACCCCUGAUAACAGAGGCAUCAUUGUUGGAGCUGUUGUGGGAGGGGUGGUACUUCUUGCCAUCAUUAUUGCUCUAGCUACCUACCUUGUCAGAAUGUCACCCAAGGACCAAAAAAGUAGAAGAAAGAAAACUACAGAUUCUUUCAGCAAUGGCAGCGACAUUGAACUUCAGUCACCAAGCAAUGUUGCAGGACCAGAAGAGGGCAAUGGCAUAGCUAAUGAAGGUGUGCAGAACCAUGUUGUAUAUGCUCAGGUGAACAGAGCAAACAAGCCUACAGCGCCACUGAUCACCAGGCCAGCAAGGAAUAUUGCAACAGAGUAUGACAAGCUCUCUAGAAAGGAAAGACACCCUGUGUACCCUAACCCUGCUGUGAGAGGUGACUCCUUGCCCCCCAAGACAGGUGCGUAUGAAGAAAUGAAAGUGGCUGCAUCCAAGACUUGUUCUGAGAAUGCUACUAACAAAGUCCAAGAGAAUGUGGAGAAAUCCUCCCCUGAAGAGACUACUAACAAAGUCACUAACAGAGACUCCAAGCCCCCAAUCACCAGACCCAAACCUAAAAGCAUCAAGAAGGACCAGCCACCAAGUAGGAGUGCAGAUGAAAUUCCUAAAAGGAAGGCCGAAUUAGCUGGUGCUACUGAAACUACAGAAACAGAUGGAUCGAUGGCUGAUGGCAAGCCAAGAACUACAUCUAUCAAGAGAUACACCGUGGAAAGUGGAGACACCUAUGCACAGGUCAACAAGAAUUUGCCACCAAAACCAAAGGGAAUCAAUCCUCCACAAAACCUACCAGAUGUGACUUAUGCCUCAGCGAACAAGGAUCAGAAGCCCAGCCUUUCACCACUUCCAGAAGACUAUGGUGCAAAGAAGAAACCCAAGAAAUAUGUCCCACCUUCAGCAAGAGCUGCUGAGGAGUCAGCCUAUGAAGAGGUGCGAAUUAAUGACAAUGACAAUGGAAAGAGCCCCUCAGCAGAAGGUGAUGGUAACACUUACGAUGGUGUUGGGGCUCAACAGGACACAGGUGGAAGAACUGCCAAUGAUGAUGGACUGAUUUAUGUGGAGGUGGGUCACGCUAGAGUACAUCCUCCUGAUCAACCACCAAUCCAGACUGAGCCGUCAACGGAAUAUGCUUCACUGGAUUUCUCGCACAUGUCGAAAAAAGAAGACAAAUCCUAGAAAGCUGUUUGCAGUUAUACAUGUUUGUUAUGUCAUUUAGAAUUUUGUGUCCAAGUGCCUUUAUGAUCAUGUAUUGAUGGAUGCCUGAACAGAAUAAUUUGAGAUGUACAUGGAUAAAUGAAGACAAUUAUAUUUCUGAAAGUUGAAUUGCCAGCAAUUAGAAGCAGGAUGUUAUGGUUUCCAGUCCCACCAGGGCAAUCCUGAGCAGGAUUCUAAUUGGUUGGUGAAAAUAGAGCAGAAUGCUGGUUUAUGAAAUCUCCUGAAUGUGUGUUGUACUCAGCUGGGGGUUUUUUUCUGUUGAUUUUACUUUAAGCAUUUGUGUGUUUUAAGUUCAUGAAAGUAUUUUCCAGCAACCAAGACCUAAAAUGCAUUUGUGUCAUCCGUCAUCAAAUAAUAUGGCAGGCUCAUACUUAACAUGACUUCAGAACGCAUUUAGUGCAGAAUCCACGAAAUAAGAAAGUUGUGUUUCAUUAUUGUAAGUUCACAGCAUGGUUACCAGUAUUUGCUAACAUGCUACAGAUUUGGGUUUGUAUUUUCCAAGAUGCCACAGAUUUGGGUUUGUAUUAGCUUUUGCUCUGAGUUGUGAAUCAGCUGUUAAGAUAUGGAUGGGGUAUGUUUGUAACAAAGAAAAUAAAUACAUGAAGGUUAAGUCUUGAUCUUCAAUGUAAGUUACUAAAUUCGAACAAUUUGUCAAAUUCAUCUUCAGCUGUGCCUGGGGCUUGAGGCUUUGGGUUCAUUAAUUUGAUAGAAAACAUGAGAUUGAGUUUUGUGAGGCCAGAGUUUGGAAUCUUUCUUAUGCAUUCAAUAUUCAGCAUUUGAAUGCUAAUUUUGGACCUCGGGAAGCUGAAGAUGAAAGAGAUUUGGUUUUGAGCCCACUGUAGGCCGAUCUUCCAGCACUCAAGUCUUACAGAGAGCCAUUACCUUUGUAUUUGGUUAUUUGCUUUAGUGCAGUCAUUUAUCCAAGACAUUCCUAGGCUCAACUGUUUAGUCUGUUUUUUAAAUGUUAUGCACUGCUGUUUCAAAACAAAACAAAAUUAAAAACUUGUAUCACUGUAAUCAUGAUUUUAAUUGCUAUAAUUUGAAAAUAUGCAAAAAAUAUAUAAUUUAGGCAGAUUUUUACGAAUACAAGUAUUAGCUUUAUUUCUGUACAUACGUUGGAGGUAGUUGGAAGGAGUGCAUUGUGUUGGUCCAAAUGUCGCGCAGUAAUUGGAAUGAAUGUCAAGAUAUUGAAUCCUGUUGUAUGUACCAGCAUGUCUUGGAGACACACUGUUUGGGAGUGCAGACUUUGUUUAGAUGGUAUAGGAUUCAGAGAAUAUCUUUUAUGAUUUGUGUUUCGUAUCGUGCCUUCCAUUUAUUUGAAGGAGUUCUUUUUUAUUUUGUAUUUUGAUGAUGGUGAUAUGUGAUAAAAUGCUGGUAUCCAUCAACCCUGACAGCAGUAGACAGCGGAAAUCAUUUCUGAUCAAUUGUUUGACUAUUUUGUCUGUCUUUUGAACAUUUAAGCCAUUUUUUUGUGUUAAUUGUUCCAUAUCUCGCCUGUAAGCUGUAUUUAUGUGAUUAAUAAGGACGGAUUAUUAUACUUCUGCACAGUAUGAGCAAAGCAAUGACUAAGGCAUUAAGAAAUCAAAGUUGAUAACCAGUACUACAUGUACUUCAAAUUGCCAAAUUGUAAAAAGUACUGAUUGUUAUAUUUGUAAUAUGAAGAAUGCAAAGUUUUCUAAUGUAUAUUUUUUCUACAAUUUGCCUGCGGCUAGUUAGUGGUUAAUGGUUUUAACUUCCCAUUGAUAUUAAUUUUUUUUUAGAUGAUCAAUACGUCUAUUUUAAAAAAUCAAGUUUAUCUGCAUGUGGUUAGCUUCUCUAGAUCAAAGGAAAUUGCUGUACAUUUCCCCUUUUAAAGGUUGUUACAGCCCAAGGCAAUUUUAAUGAUGUACGUGUAUAUAUAGCGGAAACAAUGUAGAACAUUUUUUGAUGAUGUAGGCUUUGCAUUUCUUUAUUUUUGAAAUUCCAUUGGUUUGGUUUACUCUGUAUGCAUAUUUUUGCCUAUAUUUGAUCAUCAAUACGCAGUACAUUGAUACAUGUAUAAGACGUUUAUGUGUUUUCAUACUUUUCUUCAGUGGAGGAAAAUUGAAGUUCUUAUAGAGUGAAGCAUAUUGAAAGUGCACAUUUUAAACAUUGAAAAUUGUCCAAGCUGUUACAUGCAAGUAAUAGCAUUGUUGUGUAAAUUAGGGAAGACAUUGUUCAGUUUUUAGGUUUUCAUGUUCAUUUUUUGGACCAUACUUGCUCCUUGAAAAUAUUCCUGAGAAAAAGUUGCUUGUUGGCUUAUUGCCAUGAACAUAUACUUACACAGUUGUAAUGUGCCUAUGAAAUGGAACUUUAUUGCAGCAAAAUAAAAAUAAUUCCAGCAAGUUUGUUGAACACAAAUCAUAAUUACAACAUAACAUAAUUACCAGGGGUGACAUCACAGUGAUUUUUAUGAAUAUUCAAAUUUCAUAAUGUAAACACCAAAAAGUCUCCAAAAAGAUUCAAAUCCCAAAACAAAAAUAUAAAAUAAGAUUAAUUGAUACACAGACGUGCAAUUUCAAAGGUUUUAAAAUCAUAUUGCAUGGUCCCUUUCAGUUUAUGCAGUCGUUUAAAAUUUCAUUUUUAUACAUAUAAUCAAGAUGUGUUUUAUUAUCAAAAAGAAAAUAUUAGACAGUAUAAGUGCUUGGAUGUCCACCUUACUACUAGAAAUCAGCUCAUUUUAAACUCCUUUUAGUGAAAUUGUUAUAUUUAAGAAGGAAGUCCAGUGUUACUUCACAUGCCCUGUGAGCCUUUUUGAUUUGUUUAUACACAGAUUGAAGUGGACCCGGUUUACUGCAGUGUUGGAUUGCUGUUGAUCCUUGAAAAUGUUUCUUAGUGUUUAGAUGAAGGGGGAUCAACACUUUUCCACAUUUUCAUUUCUGUUAAAUUCACAUGUAUUUGGUAUCAUAUUGUAAUGAUUGUAAUAAUCAGUACUUGCAUCAAUUUAAAAAGCAUUCCAGUAUUUUAUUUAAAUAGGGGUUUUAUUUUUGAUGAAAGUCGCCGGUUGCACAAUCUUAUUGGUCGAAUGUUUUGGGAUGUACAAAGGUUUUGAUUGGUCACCGGACAUCAAUGGCUUCUGGGUUGCCUGGUUUCUUGUUGACAUUUAUCUCUUUUGUCUUUUGUGUCAACAAACAUAGUUUGAUGUUAAAACGGAAACUUGAGAGAACAGAGGGUUUGUACGGAAGGGUUUUGAAAAGGAGAACCGAUUAUUACAGCGUAUGAAAUGACAACAAUGAAUUUAAUCCCGGUGCACAAAUUUACAAAAUGAAUAGUUUCAUUAUUUGAAUGAGAAACAUGCUUGCGUGCGACCUUUGUACUUAUUAACCGGAGUUUAAUUUGUACCUUAAUAAUUAUAUCGAGCCUUGCCCAAAAGUCACGGUAAUGGCUGGAAAUCACGUGACCUGAGUUUGGAAGCUACUGGAUUGUGGUUCAGCUCAGCCACCUAGUCCUCGCCAAGUAUCUCCAAUAGUCAUUUUCGUUAUUUCCAGUCAUAGCCAGUGGGAUCGGGCACAGCCUUGCCUUGUGCGUAAGGAAAAUGUUUCAAGGGUGUGUUGCUAGCUACUUUCCAUAGGGUAAGCCUACACCGACCACAGCGCAGGCCCACACCGACUACGUGUAUUUGAAGGUUAUGUUACCUCUGACUGAAUUAUUAUUUUGUAUACGGUUUGACAAUUGGAGGGAAGCUGUGUCUGCAGAAGUGAUAGUGAGCUCGUUAUAGUUGGCAGUGUUAAGCUUUACACGUUUUAUUACUCGGAAUGUACGUUUCACAGCAGAAAAAGCCACUUUUUGUGUUUUUCAUAGAGAGCAAUGCUUCAAUAAAUCGGCUUCAAUAUAAUUCAAA